AGAACCGCGCGUGUUCCUGGCAGGGCGGCCCCCGCCGGGGCCGUGGCCUUCGGGGUGAAGCACACGGAGGGCGUGAGCGUGGCCGUGCUGCUGCGGGGCCGCGCCGAGCCCGAGCCCGUGGCCGGCUCCGGGGCGCGGUGGCCGCUGCACGAAGGGACAGCGCUGAGGGUCAGCAUGAGCCGGGCCAGCUCCGAGCUCAACGACAACAAGGUCACCGUCAGCUUCUUCGCCGAGGGAGGGAAGCCCAUCAACCAAGCCGGGGUGUUCCUCACCGGCCUCGGGAUCUCCCUGGACGUGGACGCGGAUCAGGACGGAGUAGUGGAACGGAACAGCCCCAACAAGGCAACCUGGGCCUGGGGACCCAAUGGCCACGGGGCCAUCGUGCUGGUCAGCUGUGACAAGGAGUUCCCCUUCAUCCCCCCYUCCGACUGCGACCACGAGCACGUGUUCAGCAAAGAAGAUUUGCUGGACAUGGCCCCGAUGGUGCUGAGGACCGAGGGGCCCCAGCGCCUGCCCCGUGGCUAUGAGAUCGUCCUCUCAGUGUCCGUGMACGAUGCUGACAAAGUCGGGGUGUUCCAUGUGCAGAAUCCCUUUUUCGGGCAGCGCUACGUGCAGGUGCUGGGCCGCCGGAAGCUGUUCCACAUCGUGCCCUACCCCGGGGGCACCGCCGAGCUCGACUUCUUUGUGGAGGGGCUGCGCUUUCCUGAUGAGACCUUCUCGGGGCUGGUGUCCAUCCACGUCAGCCUCCUGGAGACCCUGGCCGAGGGCAUGCCCCCCUCUCCGAUCUUCACGGACACCGUGCUGUUCCGGGUGGCCCCGUGGAUCAUGACCCCCAACAUCCUGACCCCGGUGACCCUCUUUGUCUGCAGCCUGAAGGACAACUACCUGUUCACCAAGGAGAUCCAGAGCCUGGUGGCCAAGGCCGGCUGCGGGCUGAAGGUUUGCUCCGGCUAUGCCAACCGCGGGGACCGCUGGAUGCAGGACGAGAUCGAGCUCGGCUACACCCACGCUCCCCACAAGAGCUUCCCGGUGGUGCUGGACUCCCCUCGUGAGAGAGGGACGGAGCAACUCCCGGUCAAGGAGCUGCUGGGCCCCAAUUUUGGCUACGUGCACAAGGAGCCCCUGUUCGAAGCUGCGGCCAGCCUGGACUCCUUCGGGAACACGGCGGUCAGCCCGCCCGUGGCCGUGGCCGGCAAGGAGUAUCCCCUGGGAAGGAUCCUCGUUGGAAGCAGCUUCCCCGCAGCCGCGGGCCGCAGGAUGACCAGGCUGGUGCGGGAUUUCCUCUUUGCCCAGCGCGUCCAGGCUCCUGUGGAGCUCUACUCUGACUGGCUGGCUGUGGGCAAYGUCAGCGAGUUUGUCACCUUUGUCCCCACCUCUGACAAAAAGCGGUUCCGGAUGCUGCUGGCCAGCCCCGCCGCCUGCUACCGGCUCUUCCGCGACAAGCAGAAGGAGGGCCAAGGAGAGGCCACCAUGUUCAAAGGGUACUCGGGGACCGACACCAAGCGCAUCACYAUCAACAAGGUCCUGUCCAACGAUGCCCUGGCACAGCAGAACCAGUACGUCCAGCGCUGCAUCGACUGGAACAGGGACAUCCUCAAGCAGGAGCUGGGGCUGCUCGAGGAGGACAUCAUUGACCUGCCGGCCCUCUUCAAGCUGGACAAGCAUGGCAAGGCCGUGCCCUACUUCCCCAACACGGUGCCCAUGCUGGUGCUGGCRGGGGAGCUGGGCAUCCCCAAGCCCUUUGGGCCAGUGGCAGGCGGCGAGUGCUGCGURGAGCGGCGGCUGCGGGAGCUGCUGGAGCCGCUGGGGCUGCGCUGCCGCUUCCUGGAGGACGUGGCCUCGUACCACGGGAGCCUGGGCGAGGUGCGCUGCGGCACCGGGGUCUGGCGCCGGCCCUUCGCCUUCCCCUGGUGGCACUGCACGCCCUAGGCCUGCUCCUCCUGCCAUUCCUCCUCUUCCUCAUCUUCCUCAUCCUUCUCCUUUCCCUCCUUUCCCUCCUCUUU